CCAGACUUUGGUCUUUUGCGUCUUCUUCGCGACAAGCAUUGAUCGCAUCCUGAAUUCUCCGCGAUCGAAGCCUCAACCCUUCAACUCGAAACCCUCACUAUCAACCCGCGAGUCCCUUUUGUUCACACCGCAAUCAUGGCCGAGGCUAGCGGCAGCGGCAGCGGCAGCGGCAGUGGCAUUGACCGCAAGGCCGAGGAGAGGAUGGAAUUCACCACCUCCAAGGAAGUGACGGUGCACCCGACUUUCGAGUCCAUGGCUCUCAAAGAGAGCCUCCUGCGCGGCAUCUACGCCUACGGCUACGAGUCUCCCUCGGCCGUUCAGUCCCGCGCCAUCGUCCAGGUGUGCAAGGGUCGCGACACAAUCGCUCAGGCCCAGUCGGGAACCGGAAAGACGGCGACGUUCUCGAUCAGCAUGCUGCAGGUUAUUGACACUGCCGUGCGCGAGACCCAAGCCCUCGUCCUAUCACCGACCCGCGAGCUUGCCACCCAAAUCCAGAGCGUCGUCAUGGCCCUGGGCGACUACAUGAACGUACAGUGCCACGCCUGCAUUGGUGGCACCAACGUCGGCGAGGAUAUCCGCAAGCUCGACUAUGGCCAGCACAUUGUGUCGGGAACCCCGGGCCGUGUUGCCGACAUGAUCCGUCGCCGCCACCUGCGCACCCGCCACAUCAAGAUGCUGGUCCUAGACGAGGCCGACGAGCUUCUGAACCAGGGUUUCCGCGAGCAGAUCUACGAUGUGUACCGUUACCUGCCACCCGCCACCCAAGUCGUUGUCGUCUCAGCCACGCUCCCCUACGACGUGCUCGACAUGACCACCAAAUUCAUGACGGACCCUGUCCGAAUCCUUGUCAAGCGUGACGAGCUGACGCUCGAGGGGCUAAAGCAGUACUUCAUCGCAAUCGAAAAGGAAGACUGGAAGUUCGAUACCCUGUGCGAUCUUUACGACACCCUGACCAUCACCCAGGCGGUUAUCUUCUGCAAUACCCGUCGCAAGGUCGAUUGGUUGACCGAUAAGAUGCGCGAGGCGAACUUUACCGUCAGCAGCAUGCACGGCGAUAUGCCACAGAAGGAACGUGACAGCAUCAUGCAGGACUUCAGGCAGGGCAACAGCCGCGUUCUGAUCUCGACCGAUGUCUGGGCCCGCGGAAUCGACGUUCAGCAGGUCAGCCUGGUCAUCAACUACGACCUGCCCAGCAACCGUGAAAAUUACAUCCACCGCAUCGGUCGCUCGGGCAGGUUCGGUCGCAAGGGCGUUGCUAUCAACUUCGUCACCAGCGAGGACGUGCGGAUCCUCCGUGACAUUGAGCUUUACUACUCAACCCAGAUCGACGAAAUGCCCAUGAACGUGGCGGAUCUUAUUGCCUAAGUCCCCAGACGUCUCAAUCGUGACGGGCCGCAGCUCAGUCACGUUCAAGAUUAGAUUACUUGCAGACGACCGGGCCGUGCGCCGAUUCGGGCACGUCGAGUCUCAAGUGUGUGGGAGGAAACGGGCAUGUUGACUAGAAAAACAUGCUGAAGAAUCAGAUUGUACCUUUCGAGUGCCCAUCCGAGAUUACCAACUGUCAUCACUGAGCUUGCAUGCCGUCGAUGAUAAGUCGGCGCGCUGAAUGCCCAUGUUCCGGCAUCUCGGCCCAACGAGCCGUGAUUCCGCGAGGCAGCAAAGAGCGUGGUUCAUGUCCUACCGGGUUGAACUGCACAAUAUAACUUGUGGUCAUCUAACCUACCAACGACAACCGGAAAGGGCGUGGCCAAUACGCCCGCCCAUGUGAGGCCCAAUGCUCACUAUAUCUACCUCUUCGUAAGCGCAGACGUCGCAUGCUGUGUGUCGAUCCCCCCGACAUGACGACUGGCAAGUAACCAAAAUAGCAUGGCUCAUGUGGGAACAUGGAGACAGGGGAAGGAGUAUUGGCGGAGGACCAAGGCCUAGCAGUUCCUGGCUUCUUUUUUUUUUCGCUAUAUCAUCCAUGGUGUCAAGAAUUACAACCACGGGUAAUAUGGUUGGUCAACCCGCAUUCGGCUGAUAAGUUCUACUCAGCGGCCUGCCUGACUUUGGGGCCGUUGCUGAUCCACUCCAUGUCGUCCGACCAUGCGAUUUAAGCGCAGACGGCGCACCCUCUCGCGGGGAACACAGCUGAGCCGCGCACGGUGGGACGAAGAUGCAUGCAAGGGAAGACAUGGGACCUGGUGUACCACUUGUCCCAUCUUGUUUUUAAGGCCAAUCUGCGGUUACCGUGGAUCAGCGGGUUGCAUGUCUCAGAAAUCACAUGUGCUCGAAAACACACCAACGUUUCACGCGAUUCCAAGGCAAUGAUGAGGUGCCUCACCGCGAGGUGACUAGGUUCAGAGUGCAAGCCCUGUUUUGUUAACCCUUCCAGGUUCCUAUCCCA